AUGGCUCAUAUUCAAUUUAUAGAUGAUUUAGUGCGCGAAUAUUUACUUUUUCGUGGUUUUACGUCGACUGUAAAAGCUUUUGACAAUGAUUUGAAGGUUGAUAAAGACAAGGGGUUUAGAGUAGAUAAAAUUGUGGAGCAAAUAUCACAUUACGUUAAUGUUUCGGACCUAACUGGUUUAAAGGAAUACUGGUCGCACUUGGACAGCAUGGUAUUUUCAAAAUUAGAGAUACAUGUCCAACCAGCUGUCCGUAAAAUAGAAUAUAGUCUUUACAAAUUAUACUUAGUAACCGCAGCUCAGAGUGCUGGAGGAGUGAGAAAUGAAAAAGUGUCAGAAUUCCUGUCUAAGAUGCUACCUGAGCUGCAGGGUCAAAAUGAGUGGAGAGACUGGUUUAUGUUACCAUACAUUCAAAAACCUGAAGAAAACCCAUCAUUCAGUUUGUACUUUACACGAGCUUGGCAAGACAGUGUGCUGGUGUCCCUCCAUAAUCUCUUGGCAACUGUGUUCCAAUGUAUGCCACAGCCUACAUUGACAAGCUAUGAGAGUGACGCAGCACUAGUGAAGAGAUUGCAGGAUGAAAUUAAUUCCUUGAGAGGCAAGACGCAACAGUCCACUGAAAAAACUUCACCAAUCGGUCACCAGUCCCGUUUAGCUCAGUAUUCUGAACGCCUCAGUGGGCCUUUGCCCCUUGUCGACGACUUCUGUGCUGUUCCAUCGGAACAACUUGACAGCGGGCUCCGGGAAGCCCGAGGUUUACGAGGCCUUCUAAGACAGAUGGGAGGAAGUCCUGUUAUGGAGUUCAUUAAAAUGGUUGAAGCAUUUUAUUUGGACGCCUUUGAGAGGACGAAGCGUCGUAACAGAAACUGGUAUAAGGAAAAUAUACUCAAAGUACUUGAAGCAGCUAAAGAGAAUCGAACUCGGCAAGUGGACGCUUCUAUAGCUCUCGCCAAGGAUCUUUUGCAGAUAUUAAACGAACCACGGAAGAAAGCUGAGCAAGUUCCACCACACAGUUUGAUUCCAUCUGAGGCAGAUUCCUUUAUGAAGCCUGUCGAACCUGAAAUCCUGAAUUUACUGCACGGAAGUACUGAAAAAGGCGCCACCGAAAAGUACCUUAAAGAGAGAAACAAGAAAGCUCCGGAGGAUAAGUUAGUUACUUAUAAUCGUAGUGGUUAA